AUUCUUCCAAAAAAUCAAAGUAACCUGUUCCAUAACACUCUUUUUUGACAUUCAAAUAAGCCCGUAUCUUUCCGAAUAUCCCAAGUUUCAAGUUUUAAGUGAUUCUACUGCAAAAACAAUGCGUGGCUGGGGAUUCCGUGAAGCGCUCAAGUAUCCAUUGUUGUGGCCCUUGUACGCCCUCUGCAUCGCAGACCUUUCGUGGCUCACAUUCAGUGCCACCCGAACGCUCUUGUUCAACCCGGAUGUCGUACUGGACCACAAUAACAAUCCAGAACCGUGGCAAGCGUAUCGCGAGGGGCGCUAUCGGUUGUGGGCCGGCAAUUACGACUAUUCCAAGCUGCGCUGCAAGGCGCCAAUUUUUAAAGACAAUGAUGUUAUUCCGGUAGAAGACAACAAAGACUAGGAAACAAAUUGAAGCUAUUAAAUUGCGGUAAUUCGAAGAAUUCUAGUUGGGCCAAGACGCAGCGUAAAUGAUUCGAUUUGGUAGCGGUUUAAGUUUUUUAAUACAUUUGACUUUUUAUUAAACUUACUUUUCAACCUUA